CCCAGCACUAAUUUAUACCUUAUACCAAACAUGGUAUAAAAAUUAGUGCUGAGAUAACCCACCUUAUACCUUAAACCAAACGGCCCCUAAAUUAUUAUUAUUUUGUUACAGUGAGUACAAAUGUAGUAUAAUCAAUUAUAUUAUAGUUGAUUCAAAUUGAGAGCACUAUUGUGCAGACUGUAUUGAUUUGGGUGUGUUUGGUAUGAAGGAAAAUAUUUUCUUGGAAAAUAAGUGGUUGAUUUACUUAUUUUCUUGUGUUUGGUACGUAAGCAUAAAAUAUUAUUAUCUUUUAACUUUACCAGUUUCAAAAAAAAUAAAAAUAAAUUAUAUCAAAAAUAUUUGUAUAUAGGCACCCCAGAAUGUGGCCUAAUGGUCAAUGAAGUGGGUUGAGUGCCAUGAGGUCUCGGGUUCAAAUUCCAGCAUAGACUAAAACACUAGGUGAUUUCUUCCCACAUGUUUUAGCGUUGGUGGACAGAGUUAUCUGGUAUCUAUUGUUGCUGUUGUGCUGGUGGGAGGUGGCAGGUGAUGUUGGAGCGAACUUGCCUGCACCUCCGCUAAUCCACGGGUUACCUGCUGCCUCCCAUCAAGAGAGGUAAGGGUAACCUUGCUCGCCAAGACUUAGGCAGAUUGAAAGAAUUCACCCGCUGACUCUGCUGGGAUUCGUACAAUCAAGGCUCAGUGACUAAUUUCAAACCUGCUAUCUUAGAUCAGCUUUGAUCAGCAAUGCCUCCGAACCCUAGGGUCGAUAAUGCCUUUCGUGCUAUGAAAGCUCUCGGGAUUUCUGGAGAGAAAGUGAAGCCAGUGUUGAAGAAUCUUUUAAAAUUGUAUAACAAAAAUUGGGACCUUAUAGAAGAGGAGAACUAUAGGGUCCUUGCAGAUGCAAUAUUUGAUAACGAGGAAGCAAAGGAUGCAGAAAGUAAAAAGUCACCCGAGAUUGCCGAACAAGAGGCUCUGGUGCAAGAUGAGCCUGAACCACCUCUGAAAAAGCAGCGCUUAAAAAAUCAUUCAAGUCAACCAAAUGAGCCUCUUGAAUCUCAUUUGCAAAACCAGUCACCAGGUGUUUUUGAUUCCCCUCAGUCCAUGGGCAACGAAUCACUUAGUAGAAACAAAGGAAAGCAACCCAUUGGUUCUACUUCUGGUUCUGGCAUCCCACUGUCACCCAAGAAGAAUGCUGUUGCUAAUCACACUUUUAUCAAACCUAAGGAUGAGCCAAUCACUGAUGACCUGCCACAUAAUGCAGUUCCACUUUCCGUCAUCCGCCCAGGUUCAUCAGGUAAAGGGAAGUCUCCAGUUGCAAGUGGUUCAAUAGGCAGACAAGAUAACACAUUGGCAACUGUAGUCGAAUCAGAUAAAAAUGAUGGAGAUCCACCUUGUCCAGGAGUAGCUAAUGGCAAGCCUGAAACAAACAGGGUUAAAUCUCCUUCCGGCCUUGAGAUAGCUUCUUCACAAUCUGGAGAGGUGAAAAUUAUGUUGAAUUAUGACUCGGUUCUUGGAAAAUCAGGUUUCCAAAUGCCUACUCUUGAUGCAGUGGUGAAGUUAAUGGAUGAUAAAUGUCUCAAAGAAUACAAAGAACUUGAUCCUAAUUUUUCCGUGAUGAAGGUCAUGACCGAUGUUUGUCAGUGCUUCUGGGAGAUGGGCAGUGAAUCAACAAAUAAAUCAUCCGCCAAAUGAACGACAUAUGUCCUAAGAAGCAUGGAGUGGGAGGAAUGAGACAGGUUUAACUUAGCAGACUUAGAUUGAGCUAACAACAUUUUGUGUUAAGCUCAAAUUGAGCUUAAUAACAUCUUCCCGAUUUCUGUUAUUUUUCUUUCCCGUGUUCUUUUAUGUAUCUAUCUGGCAUGAACUCGCUGUUGUUACUGUUAAGAAGUUUGCUUUUCAGAGGAGGAAAAUGUGUAAUAUGUUAGUGAACCUGUGUUCUUGAAAAUGAAGAGGUAUUUCCCUUCUUCCAAUAUAAGGUUAACAAACGGAGUGUUGCAACUA